AUGGAAUUAAUGAUGUGGUGUCUGAAAGGAAGACAAACGGUUAAAAUUAUUUCUCAUUCUUGUGAAGGUGUGAGGGAGAAAAAGAAAAUCAAUUUUAAUGAUUUAUUGCCUCAACUUUUUGCUGCCGUUUUGUUUCAAGUUAUACAAUUGUUACUCUAUCAAAAAUCUGAUGAAACACUUUAUAGCUUCCAAUUCAGGGUUAAACUAAGCGCAGUGGAAAGUAGCGGGUUAAAAGCGUAA